AUGCAGCGUAGACCCUCCGUGUUCGUUUACCUCGCAGUCGGCAUAUUCCUUCAAGUUCUGAACCCAGUCUCGCCCUCUGGGCACUCCGAGGCCAAGGUUCUCAUCCUGUCCAAGAAUGCAUUCUUUGAAGCAUCUCGGGACGUGCUCGUGAUCCGACCUCAGGAUGCGUCAGCGUUGAAUCUUACAGCGUCCAUUCGCCGGUACAUGCACUGGAGUCAAGAGACAAGGGUCCAAGUCCAUCUCGACGGAGCUCGUUUGCACUUGUGUGAAGAUUAUCCGUGUGACGUUCCGAUUGAGAAUGUCGCUGCCGGCCAUCACAAGAUCACCGUCACACUGUGCAGUGGCGCAGAGGAAACUUGCGGGCCGGUCGUCGGAGAAAGCGCCUUCAUAGUGAAGCACUCUGACGUUGACGUUGACCUCUUAGAGAUUCUAGACGGUCGACGACAGGCCUCAGCCAACAGCCUCUCUCACGUUGAUACGAGCACUUCAGUGCCGUUGACACAGAUCGAGCUCUUGGAGUAUCAGGAUUAUGUAGCAAGACACAUAAUUUCACCGUCGGAGGUCGAGAGCGUCGAUGGGUGCCAUGCGUCCUCGGUCUGUGGAGUAUGGCAUUAUUCCACGAGAGAGGAGGGCAAGGGCAAAAUUCAGUGUACAGAUCUCUGUACAGAUACAAGAUACCUUCCUGACGAGCAAGUCCUGGCUCAGAGUGUAGCUAAAGUGCAGGAGGAAUCCGCUGAGGUCUACAAGGACAUGUUUGAGUCUCAAUUCCCCCAGCAUGCUGAUCCGUGGGACGUACGACCGUCUGCUUCCCCGAUGUCAGGCUUCGGAGUGACCAUGGUGUAUGCAGCUCACAAUCUUGCGAAAGCCUUUGCGACAGGAGGAAUCUUCACUGCACCUAACGGGAGCAUGGCGACUUGGACUUCCUCCAAGUUCUGUGGAGAUGACAGGAGCUUGUCCUGCUACUUUCUCAGAGUCACAAACGUCUCCUUCAGAGUUGUUGACGACGAUAACAAGCCUGCAAUGCUCGCGGCUGAGCGUGAAGGCACGUGGUCAGGUGUUGAUGGAAUUAUGCAUGACUUCUCGACACCGAAAUACGCUCACAAGGGAUCAUUCUGGCUCCAGAUGGAUGCCGCAUUUCGAGAACUUCCUGAGGGAAGCGAGAGCGAUGAAAGAGUUGUGUCCAACAUCUUCCUUGCUACUGAUGAUGUCGAAACGGUGGAAAAGUGCCAUGCGUUACAAGACUUUGAAUGCUUCUCUCUGCCGAUUGACAGGAAAAUUUACGACGUCGGAGCAUCGCAGGCUCCUGAACACAAUCCUGCCGAGUCUCAGUAUGACAUGUGGGUGGAAAGAAGGAUCGAGCGGGGAGAGCUUGACGGCAGCGCUACCGCCCUACACGCCAUUGCAGAGAUCGACACCUUGUCUCAGGUGCGCCAGAGAUCAUGUGAGCAGCAAGAAUGA